AUGUCGGCCUUUCCAGUGCGGCUGAUCCGACCAGGCUCGAGCUCGCGCAGUCAUCAUGCGAUAUGCUGCAUUGGAGCUGCGGGCAGUGCAAGGGAACUUGCUUCGGUACCACAGCCUUGCAGGGUCGCUUCGAGAACAUUCUCACUGCGCAGCAGCCUCAGCCCACGGCAACCGUCGUCAAUACGAGCCGUCAUCCCACCAUCAAGCUUUCGAGGCUAUGCCACCACGCCCUCGGGAGUCAAGACCACCUAUCCGAGCUCGGCGGAACCAGCGGAUGAGAACAGCCAGCAUAACAGCACCAUCAAGCUAGGAAAGGAGCAAGACCAGGGCUACCUCGCGUUCACAAAGUCAAGCCUCUUCAAGCUCACCCUGCCUCUGCAGCCACCAAGCUCGGAUCCAUCCUCUCCGUCAUCCAAGCAUUCAUCGGCCAGAGCCAGAGCGGAACGUAACAAUGACAAGCAGCGAUCUCAGGUCGAAGAGAUCGAACGCAAAGCCAUCUCAGAUGCUCCAUGGGAGCAAGCCGCAGAGACACCAGGUCCACCUGUGUCACAAGUGAACCACCGAUCUCACGCCAAUCUUCACGGUCCAGAGAAUGGCGAGCCCUCAGACAUCGAGGCGGACGAGUACGAUGCAGAUGCUCCAGCACACAGCGUCGUCUUUCUCCUCCACAGCGCUCAGCCGCUCAGCUACAUUGCCAAUCUCAUCCGUGCAGAGGGCCCAAGUCCCGAGCCAAGUCAGCAUCAGAAGGAUCUGGAAAAGAAGGAGCGAUUGCAGCCAAAAUCCUCAGACUCUAACGACAAGGACAAGGACACCGUCAGUAUCCCAGUGGGGCCACGGUCGUCACCGGAGCGCAAGGACAAACGCGUACACCUCACCGAUGAGCAAAUCGAAAUGAGGGACAUGCUCCUUCGUCAAGGUUUUCUCGACCCGCUUGGUGACCCACCCAUCUCCUUCCACACUCGCGCUGCUGAUGGUAAGCGUUGGUCACCUGCUACCGGCAUCGGCGACUUCCUCCGAGAUGCCGCCCGUAUCGGCUCCUUUGUCAUCCGCAUCGGCGAGCGCAACGUCUACGUCACCGUGCCAUCCUUCGAAGACCGCACACGCUUUCUGCGAGCCAGUCUCUACGCAAAGACCGAACAAAUUGAACACCUCGUUCACCUCAAGGCAGAAUGCGACCAGAUCGCGCACUCGGGCACAAAGCGUCUCUCCUUUGCCGGUGUCGCCAUUCUGAGUGCUUGGUGGGGAUCCGUCGCUUUCCUCACCUUCUGCACCGAGCUGGGCUGGGACGUCAUGGAACCUGUCACCUACCUCACUGGUCUAGGCACCAUUCUGGGCGGUUACAUUUGGUUCCUCAUCCACAACCGCGAGGUCUCGUAUCGUGCUGUGCUCAACGAGACCACCUCCAGGCGGCAGCAGAAGCUCUACAUCGAAAAGGGUUUCAACGUCGAGCGAUACCAGGAGCUCAUCGAGGAAGUCAAGGAUCUGCGCAAGACCAUCAAGAAGGUCGCUGAGGACUAUGAUCUGGAAUGGGACCAGGGUGAGACCAAAGCAGGAAAGCAGAACAAGAAGGCGCUCAAGAUCAUACGCAAGCACGAGGCCGCCAGCUUCCGCUCCAAGAAGGGCGAUGCCGAAGAGCAAGAGGACGGAGAUGCGGACGGGAAAGGACAGGGUGAGGCGAGCGCCUCGCAUGAGGCAGAGGACAAGGACGGAGACGGACAGCCAGACAAUGUGCAGGACGACCAUUCGAAGCUCAAGCCGAAGAAGAAGAACGCCAACGGAAGUGAGCCACGUCGUCACUACUCGACAUCGGCACGCUCGAGUGUUUCCCGAGGGGGCCGAAACAACGUCCCCAACGUCAGAUACUACAGCAGCACCAGGCGUCGCAGCAAUGUCGACUCGUCGGCGACAAAGGGGGUCGAAUCGCUCAAAAGCGUGGCUUCUCAGCUUGCCACCGACUCGACGACCACCGCACCAGCGGGCACGACUACAGCAAAAAAGCCAUUCAGCAUUCAGCCAUACCUCGCCCUGAGCCGCAUCGACAAGCCCAUCGGAACCUGGUUGCUCUACUGGCCCUGCGCCUGGUCCAUCGUCCUCGCCUCGCACACCCUCGGACUCAGCUACACCACCCCGCUCUUCUACACGAUGCUCUUUGGUGUCGGCGCCAUCGUCAUGCGCGGCGCCGGAUGCACCAUCAACGACAUGUGGGAUGUCAAGAUGGACCGCAUGGUGGAGCGUACCAAGACGCGACCGCUGGCGGCUGGCGAUGUCACCCAGUUCCAAGCUCUGUGCUUCCUUGGCGUCCAACUCAGUGCAGGACUGGCCGUGCUGGUCAAUCUCAACCUGUACAGCAUCGUGCUCGGCGCGGGCUCGUUGGGCGUGGUGGUGCUGUAUCCGCUUAUGAAGAGGGUGACCUACUGGCCGCAACUGGUGCUCGGAUUCGCAUUCAACUGGGGCGCCAUGCUGGGAUGGUCUGCUGUCGCAGGGGCGGUCGAUUGGGCUGUGGUGCUGCCCCUCUACGCCGGAUCGAUCUUCUGGACGCUGGUGUAUGACACGAUCUAUGCGCACCAAGAUAAGACGGACGACGUCCACGCCGGGGUCAAGUCGACGGCGCUGCUGUUUGGCGAUAAGACCAAGCCCGUGCUGUCGGCCUUUUCAGCGGGUACGAUCGGGCUGUUCGGCUACAGCGCUUCGAAGGCCAUCCCGCCUGCCAUCGCACCGUCGGCAGAGGCACUUCUGGAACGCGCCCCAGGCUCCACCGUCGGCGACCUCGUCUUUUCGCCGUCAAUGCUGGACACACUGUCCUCGUCGUACCCGAUCUUGGAAACGUUGGCGCACCACCACCCGUUCUUCUGCGUGGCUCUUGCUGGCGCUGCCAGUCAUCUGGCCUGGCAAAUUCGAACAGUGCAGCUCGACGACCGCUGGGACUGUUGGCGCAAGUUCUGCUCCAACACCACCUUCGGCUGGAUCGUCGUCUCCGGUUUGAUCGCCGACUAUGCGGCGUGGCUGUAUCUAGACGGUCAGCACGAUAAGUCAGCCGACGCUCAGGCUCAACAGUGA